GUCAAUAUUUGCUUGGAAUUUUGAAAAUUCCCUUGUGCUACUUUCAGUGUUUUGACUCCUUGUAAUUUGGGUUCCUUUCAUUCAUGUGUAAACCGCGGAAGGCUGUGGACUGUGCAUUUGGUUAAAACUCCUAUUACUCCUCAUCCCUCACUUUAAAGUGCUUGACCAUCUUGUUAGGGUUAAAAGGGGCGUACCAUGGCAGACGAAGGAGCCCCAGUACCUCGUGGCCGAGGGGCCGUUCUGAUGGCCCUUCUAAAGAAAAAAGAACUGGAGGCCCAAAAAACCGUGGGCGGCCAACCUGAGGCGGCUGAGGCGACACAGCCGCCUCCCCCCAAGCCAAGGGGCCGAGCAGAGCUACUGAAGAAAGUGCUGCAGGCUAAAAAAGUGGGCGCUGCCGGUGAUGCGACACCAAAACCAACCGAAGAAGAACCCACUCCCGAACCGACUGUCGAGCAUAUCUCACAAAAAAUCACUGAAAUUAAAAUAUCUGAGCCUGUGGAGGAAAAGGACCCAGCUUUUUAUAAAGGCAAUACCGGAAAACCCUUGAACAUGUCGGCCAACUAUAUAAGACUGGACAUAGAAAAGGGCCGUGGAGUGUUCGAAUACGAAGUGCGAUUUAAUCCCGAAUUGGAUGCGAAAUCUCAAAGGGUCCGUCUGGUGGCCCAAAUGACCAGGGAAAUGGAGAGUGCCCGAGUGUUUGACGGGGGCCACACCCUGUAUUUGCCCCAAAAAGUGACCGAUACGCAAAAAACUUACACCGGGACCCUACCAGGUGGCGAGGAACCCGUGACGGUAACGAUCAUUUACAAAAGGCAAAAGAACUUGGGCGAUCACGAAUGUUUGCAUCUGUACAACGUGUUGUUUAAGAGGAUCAUGCACGUGUUGCAAUAUACGCAGAUGGGCAGGAAUUAUUUUGACGCCAGCCAGAAACAUCUGAUACCGCAGCAUAAAUUAGAGGUGUAUCCAGGAUUUGCCGUAACAGUAGACGAACUGGAGGGUGGAGUAAUGUUAUGCCUGGACACCCAACACCGGGUUUUAAGAACCCAAAACGCGUAUGAGCUCUUAAACGAGAUUAAAUGCACCUCGAACCCGCGGGCAUUCAAAGCGACCGCCCAAACGAACUUUUUAGGUUCCUGCGUCUUCACCCGCUACAACAAUAAAACUUACAUCAUCGAUGACGUUUUGUGGGAUAUGACCCCUAAGGAUACUUUCCCCACCAGGGACGGAAGGGAGAUUUCUUUCAUGGAAUAUUAUAAGAACCAGUAUAAUAUUACGAUAAAGGAUCCCGAUCAGCCUAUGCUACUAAACCGGAAAAGUGUUAAGGUGUCCGGUUCCACUCAAAAAGAGGACCGAAUGGUUUGUUUGGUACCAGAACUGUCCUAUUUGACCGGACUUACUGACGCCAUGAGGAACGACUUUAAGAUAAUGAAAGAUGUCGCUGUGUACACCCGCGUAACGCCGCAGCAACGUUUGUUAGCCCUAAGGAAAUACUUGGAGAACAUUCGGAAAUCAGAGGCGGCUCAAAAGGUGCUUAAAGAGUGGGGUCUCACGAUAGGGACGGGAAACAUCGACUUGAAAGGGCGCCAACUGGACACCGAACAGAUUAUCUUCGGGAGAAAUGUGGUGAAGUCGGCGGGACCCGGUGCGGAUUGGAACAGGGAUUUGACCAAUAAUACCGUUACCGGCCCGGUAGACUUGAGAAACUGGGUGGUAUUUUAUACCGGCCAAGAUACCCAAUACGCGAGAGAUUUCGGACAACAUAUGCAACGUUUAGCGAGUACUUUGGGGUACGUGAUUACCACCCCCCGACUGGAAAAACUACCGAACGACCAACCCGCCACUUACGUGAAUUAUGUCAGAACGAAAAUCACCAAUCAGGAUCAGGUGGCUGUGUUUAUUUGUCCCUCCUCACGCACCGACCGUUACUCGAUAAUCAAGAAAUUGUGUUCCGCCCAAAUGCCGAUCGCCUCCCAAGUUAUCAACUCGCGCACGUUAUCGAGACCGGACAAAGUGCGUUCGAUAAUUAUAAAAAUCGCCCUGCAAAUAAAUUGCAAGUUGGGCGGGAGCUUGUGGACCCUCAAGUUUCCGUUUCAGGGCUGGAUGAUUUGCGGCAUUGAUGUGUACCAUGGUUCCCCGCCGAAUUCCGUUUGUGGGUUCGUUACCAGUUUGAACGAGAGUAUUUCACGGUGGUACUCGACCGCUUUAUUCCAGACCAAAGAACUGGGAGACUUUUAUAAAAUGGCGUUCACAAAAUCCCUGGAACAGUAUAAAAGCGAGUGCGCCGCCUACCCAUCGAAGGUAAUAAUCAUAAGGGAUGGCGUCGGCGACGGCCAGUUGGAAUACACGAGGCGAUACGAGGUGGAGCAGUUCGAAAGUGUACUGAGAGCCUUUGGGUUGAGCACCACCAUUUGUUUUAUCGUGGUGCAAAAGCGAAUUAGCACCAGGAUGUUCAGUUUGACCAAUAGUGGCCAGGCUGAAAACCCUCCUCCCGGCACCAUUUUGGAUCAUACGGUCACUAGGAAGUACCUGUAUGACUUUUUUAUGGUUCCUCAAAGUGUGCGGCAGGGUACCGUUAAUCCUACACAUUAUAUUGUAUUACACGACACAUGCAAACUAAAACCAGACCACGUGCAAAGAUUGUGUUACAAAUUGUGUCAUUUGUACUAUAAUUGGCCGGGCACCAUCAGGGUACCGGCGCCCUGCCAAUACGCCCAUAAACUGGCCGCGAUGGUCGGUCAACACAUUAAGACCCAACCGAUGCCCGAGCUCAACAACAAACUUUGGUACUUGUGAAUUUUUCAGUUUUUCUUUUCUUUUAAACAAAUUUCCGCCCUUCCCUCCUCCCCGUAUCAUUGUUUAUUUAUGCCAUUUUACCUCUACAAAAAAAAACUGAUUAAGUUAGUUAUAUGCUAAUUUCAGGGUUCUUUAUCAUGUUGUUUAACGAGUUUAUAAGUUUAUGUUUAUCAUGUAGUUGUUAAGUUGUUUCGUUUUUAGUACAAAGUUGUCCUAAUUAGUAUUUUUAUAUUCGAGCCGUUUUUGAAAGAAUUAAGAGUAACGCAGAUUUUUAUAGGAUAGGAGGGCGCAAUGCCCUCUAAGGAAAAAAGAAAUAUAUAUUAUUUUUGCAAGGA